AUGGAGAAAAGCAAACAAMCAGCAUCAGCUGAGGAGCUGUUAAGAAAGAUCCUUGAGCUUGAAGGAAGGCAUGCCCACCUCAAACAAGAAAUGAGCCAAACAGCAGAAAAUCUUUAUGGUUUUACACCUGAAGAAGCUUAUGGGAAAACWCCUACWGAGCUUCUAGUGGAAGAUCCUAAAGAUGYUGUAUUAGCUGAUUAUCUCUUAAUGCGAACGGUAAAAGGAGAGAGUUGGUCUGGAGAGUUUCCGAUAAGGAAAAAGAACGGAAAAAUUAUCAUGGUUAUCGCGACCAAUACGCCAUAUCGUGAUGAAAAUAGAAGAUUAAUUGGGGGUAUAUGUGUAACGACUGCUGUUCGUCAAUAUCAAGUAAUGAAGCCCGGGAAGAGUCCCACGGAUAUUGUUUCUGCUAAAGUUGGACUUGAUCCUCAGCAGCCUUCAAUUUCCUUAAAGAUAUCGAAUUUGGCUUCAAGGGUGAAGUUGAAAAUGAAGACAAGAGAGAAGUACACAGAUCAUGAAGGUGAUCAUACAGAAGAUACACUUGAAAGUAGCCUUACCCCAAGGGGACAUAUUGCUCCAUCUCCAUUUUCAGUAUUUCAUUCUACAGGCACAGAAGAGCAUCUUACUGAAAAACUUACGAUAGAUUCUGUUGAUGAGAGUGAAAACAAACUUGGGAUAUGCAAGAUUUUGUCUUCAAAAGCGGAGGCAUGGAUGGGUAAAAGGAAAAUUGUGUGGCCAUGGAGAGAAAGAGAGGAGGAAUCUUUUGAUGCUAGAAUUGGUCGCUUUGGUUGGCAUCGAUUAGAUCUUAAUCAAGAACACGAACAAGUGAGUUCUUUUGCUUCAGCAAAACUAGAGUGUCAAUUAUGGGAAAACAACAACUUGGUGAGCAAUAAGAUGGAGGCUUCAGGGUUAUGGCUUUCUUCAAUACAUGUUAGUAGCAGUAGCAGUUCAAGUAGUAGCAGUAGCAGUAGCAUCAAAAGCAAUGCCAUCAUCAAAGUGGAAAGGGAGACGGAUUAUGAAAUCUUGUGGGAGGACUUGAUAACUAAAGAACAGAUUGGGCAAGGUUCGUGUGGGACUGUAUAUCAUGGGUUGUGGUAUGGAUCAGAUGUUGCAGUGAAGUUAUUUGUGCAUCAAGAAUAUUCAAAUGAUGUGAUACUAUCAUUUAAACAAGAGGUAUCUAUGAUGAAAAGGCUUCGACAUCCGAAUAUUUUGUUGUUCAUGGGGGCUGUAACUUCACCUCCGCAUCUAUGCAUUGUCACAGAGUUCCUUCCUCGUGGAAGUUUGUUUCGGGUACUUCAAAGAAAUACAACACGAUUAGAUUGGAGACGUCGUGUUCAUAUGGCUAUGGAUAUCGCACGAGGCAUGAAUUAUCUUCAUCAAUGCAACCCACCCAUUAUUCACCGUGAUUUGAAGUCUUCAAAUCUUCUUGUGGAUAAGAAUUGGACGGUGAAGGUUGGUGACUUUGGACUCUCUCGUGUGAAGCAUGAAACGUACCUCAAGACAAAGACCGGGAAAGGAACGCCUCAAUGGAUGGCUCCAGAAAUUCUUCGUAAUGAACAAGCAAAUGAAAGGUCGGAUGUAUACAGCUAUGGCGUAGUAUUAUGGGAAAUUACCACCGAGAAGAUCCCUUGGGAUGAUCUUAAUGCCAUGCAGGUUAUUGGCGCUGUUGGGUUCAUGAAUCGACAACUAGAGAUUCCAAAAGAUGUGGAUCCAUUGUGGGCUUCUCUUAUCCAUAGUUGUUGGUCCAGCGAACCAGAAUCCCGACCAACAUUCCAAGAAAUACUAUACAAGCUUAAAGAUUUGCAGAAGAAGUUUGCAGCUGAACGAAGGAAAUAAGAUGCUUCUGUGGUCUCUUCUUUCAUCAUUUCUCUCGAUCGGAAGAAUCUGAUUUUGGUGGAUACUUUGCUUGUGUGUACGUGUUUGGUCAUGUACAUGUACAUGACCAUCAAAGAAAUUAAGGAAUAUAUGUAACUAAAGGUGCAAAGACGUCUGCAAGUUUGAUCUUCUUUUACAUCGAUUUAUUGAAAACCAACGCAAAUGCAGACCAAGGCUCGAUGGCGUAGGAGUUCAU